AUGAUGAGAAAUGAAUUUGAGUGUGAUCAGUCUUGGCACUUCGGUCCAAUAACUAUGUCGGAAGUAGCCAGAGUCCAGACCCUUCGUCAUCCACCACUGCUCUCACUGCUCUCACUGUCUUCGUCAACGAGACUCCGCAAAUACCGUUUGCUGCCAUUUGCAACAAUCCUCUUCUGCGGUACGGCUUCUAUUAGUUCUGCUUCACUCAUGGCGCGCGGCAGCAACGCCUUGCCAGCUGGCAAAGCCUCUGGUUCGAUUCCCUUAACAGCGCCUUCUAAAGCGCCCAAAAAGCGUGCCCCCCAGAAACCCCUCAUCGAAAUAUCUGAAGAAGAGCAAUGGAGAAUCAUAAACCAGACCAGAAUACUGGAGUCUUCAGAGCUCCAGGCCCAUGUUUCUUCGUCUGAGCUGCCUGAAGGACUUUCCCUGUCAGACGAAAUAUUCAAUGCAAUCCUUUUGAUCAUCCCCUUUUCCUCACUGCUCCUGCUCAUGGAAAUUCUGAUACGUCAUCAGUAUGGCAAGACUGCGUCACUCGAAGUUAUCCUUGAUAGAAUGCUUCCCGGUGUUCCCGUCCUCUCAGUCUUCAUAUUCUACACCAUCAGAUACAAGCGUGAUUGGAGGUUGCAACUUGGUCUUUCUGUCCUGUCCGUGGUAGUAGGAAGUCGGAUGUUGUACCUCUUUAACCAUGCGUCAUGGUUGGUGAACAUGAAACAGGUGGGCAGCAAACUAUUACUUGAUUUCCUUCAACUGGAUUUGAUUGCCGCGAUGGCGAGUCUUGCUGUCGUUGGGGGCUUCGUCUGGUGGAAUGAUCUCAAGAUACUUCUGUAG